AAGCUGUAUUAACAAUGAAAAGGACACUGUGUCCCACUCCCACAUCCAGGACCAGCAUGUACUUUUGUCAAUCUUCUUGCGCAUGCGUCAUCGACAGAACCAGAUGGUCCAAUCAGCUAUUUUAACACACGCCAAAAACUGAACGUGAUUUCCAGAAGAUGGCGACCGCUGUGUUGGUGAGUGUACUCUCUAAAGUAAUACAACAAGCUUGAACUGAAAUACCCAAGCGAUGCCUCGGUGACACAGGGAGAGUCGGGUUAAACAGUCGGAUUUUUAGGAGCGAAAUCAACUUUCAGUUGCCUCCUAUGGCAGGUAACAGAAGUCGCUAGUCGAAAUUUAGCAGCUCUCUGUAUUUACACUGACGGUAGGCGUUUUCAGUCUGAUACUACACCGAAUGUGGACGUUUUGGGUGGGUGUUUACUGCAAAAAUGUGGCAAAUGUGAAGGAAAUUAUGGCGUUUCUGAGCGCUGUGUUGACAGAGCACCAACUGACGGUUACCUCUGUCAGUUGGUACCUAGUUUGAACUCUGAGAGGAUGCACGCGCUGCUAACUUGUUACCCUGCCAACCGUGAGACGUGUCCUAACCUAGCAACAGCCCACUCUGAUUAACAGCGUAGUGGACUUUAAACGAGGCGUUGUGAGCUAAAAAUAAAGUGUGUUUUCUCUGAAUUUUGGCGUAGUUAUCUUCACGGUGACAGGGUAGAGGACUUACACACCUCACGUACAGUCUAAGUUUGAAUGAAUGCUUUCUUUUAAAGACGUCGACGAGGUUAUAAUUCAUCAUUAAGUGCACGAAUUUUGGCUGACUGACUUAACUUUUCCUUGGUGAAAACUAUAAGUAAAGGUUUCAGCAACCUUUUGUCAUAUUGUGGUGUUUUCUUGUUGAAUUUGCUGGACUAAGAUCUUGUUAGAUGGGCGUUAACUUGUUAGCACCAACAGUCCCACUAAAAAGACCAAAACAAGGCAAAGUAAAAGAGAGAAGUAAUCAAAACUGUUUUCUUUUGUUUUUCGUAGGUGUCUGCUUCAGUUCCUACAAAACCCGAGAAGGAAACAUGUGACACAACUGUUCAAAAGGUUGUGAGUCCUGAAGCAUACAUCAAGCAUCCAUUACAAAACAAGUAAGACAUCUCAGUUUCUUUAUGUCCCACCAAGACAGUCAAGGAGAAAUAACAAAACUUUUUGAUCAAGUGCAUCAGUACUGUUUGAAACUUAAAGGAUGGACCCACUGAAGAGUGAAUUUCUGUCAAUUAGUACCCACUGGCCAUAUGGCAUUUGUCUGAUUAUCUCAUCAUCCUUAAAAGUGGCUAAGAUGUGUGUAGGUGUAUUUCGUCCCAGUAUCCUUAAAGUUGUCUUGUAAGUUUCAGUCAAACAUGUUUUUUUUUAAUGAGCAGCUUGAUAAAAGACUGUUGGUGUGCAGUUGUUUUGUAGUGACUGCGCUUUGAUUGGCAGGUGGGCUCUUUGGUUUUUCAAGAAUGACAAAAGCAAAACAUGGCAAGCCAAUCUGCGCCUCAUCUCGAAAUUCGCCACAGUUGAAGAUUUCUGGGCGUGAGUAUACUACUGCUGUACAAAAGCUGUAGAGUUACACAUCAAUGGAAAGUUGCAUGCUGUGUUCUGGAAAUUAACCUUUACAUUUUAUUUAAGUUUAAGUCUUAAGCUACCUAAACAGACUGUUUUUUUGUUGUUGGCGAUGUUUACUUUAAGACUCUCUGACCUCUUACAGAUUGUACAAUCACAUUCAGCUAUCAAGUAACUUGAUGUCAGGCUGUGACUACUCACUGUUUAAGGUAAGACGACUGUUUGUCUUCAACAUUGUUACAUUCUUGCUUUAGCUGUGCAAUGUUUCUGCUGCUUGUGUUUGUAUGUGUUUUAAUUCAGGUGGUCUGUAUAGGGUCACAUGAUCAGUUUGGGCUAGGACCUGUAUCUUAGCUGCUCUUGUACAUUGUAAAAACACUUUAUCUCAUUAUAGAAGAACCAAGAGUCUUAAACCCAAAGUCACAUGGCCCAUUGAGUAACUCAUUUGAGUUUAGGAAACUUGUGGCCCUCCAUUAACAGUAAUACAUGUACCGACCAGGUAGGUGGGAUAAAAAGACAGGUUUUUCCCUGUUACCAGCUGUAAGUUAUGCACACUCGGCUGCACCUUAUUUAAUCUUUUGGGCCACAAAGGGCCCAUGAAGACAGAUAAGUAAUGAGCAUUAGUCAGGACUGAGACUGGGUCUCAUCUGUCAUAAAUACUGUUGUAGGUUUAGAAAUAAAGUGGAUUGGGGGAAGAUUCUGCAAUAAGCUGAGGACAUACGAUUGCUGUCAGACUUGGUGUGCCAGCUCCUUAGUUUUACAUUUAGCUCAUAAAAUGCAAUGCAGUGUAGAAUAGUCCAUAUAUUCGCAUGCUAAAAAGGUUACUGAGUGCAUAUUACAGAAGACAAUGUUUUUUCAGAGUUCCCAUGAUGAGCAACAGCUGAAUUAUGACAUGAAUGAAUCACUUUUUAGUUUCAACAAGUGAGACAAUGCCUUGAAAGUAGACAUUGGUUGAAAUAAAAAAGUUGAAGGCGUGUAUUUAUGAUUGAUUAGACUUGUUCUGUCAUUAUAGUUUUCCCAAAGUUGAUCCUUUCAGGUGUGUGUUCCACUUAGUUGUUCAAACAAAGCUUUAGAGUAGACUGAGCACACCUUGAUGUGUGGAUUAAGUUUGGGUUUCAUAGCAGCCUCCAUGAGAAAGACUUCACCAAAUAAGAUGGGUUUGAACACAUCGAGGUUGUUGUUUUGCUGAACAGGUUGGGACUAAAGGAAAACAUGCAGAGACCAUCUUCUCUGCUCUGUCUGUCUGUGUAACAUCAAUGAAUUGAUUAGACACUAAAAGGCCCAAACAAAUGUUAAUGUUAGCUGAUCUGUCAGAGAGGAAAGUUAGCAGUGUCAUACAGGAAACAGGAUUAAGUAUGAUUAAAGUUGCAAACAAACAAAAUCAACAUGUUCCUGGAAAUUUAUGUGGGGAUGUGGGCAUGUUUAUAAGUUCCAUCGAGUGUAACAGCUGUGGAAUAACUUCUCAUUUUCAAGUGUUGCUGCUUUGUGUACUUAACUACGACCCUCUCUUCUCCUCACAUUUCCUCUGCAGUAUGUUAACCACUUCCGUUCAUUUGCUCUAUUUGCCUGAGGUAGCUUCUGGUUAAAAACACAAGUGUAGUCCUUUUACUUUCAAAAGCAUUUUCAGAAUGUCAAAUCCAAUAAUGCAAAUUUUAUGUGUUCGAUUGAGUACGUCUAGUAUCUUUUCUGAUCUGAAUGCAAACUCUUGUUUGUUGUCUUUUAGUCAUUUUGGAUGAUUUUCUGAUAUCUGUAGCCUUGUGAGUUUAAAGCUGUAUUUGCAUACAGGAUGGGAUCGAGCCCAUGUGGGAGGAUGAGCGAAAUCGACGAGGCGGACGCUGGCUGAUCACUCUGUCCAAGCAGCAGCGCAGGGCAGACCUGGACCGGUUCUGGUUGGAGACAGUAUGUUCAGUCCUGAAAUGGCAUAUUUUAUAACAGUAUUACCUCAGUGCAGGUGUGAAUAAUAAGUGAUGGUUGGAUUUCAUUUACCUGGUCUUGGUAUUUGCAAUGUCAUGUCAGAUCGAACUAUGACAUUUGGAUAGAAGUGACUAAACCAUCGUUAAAGCGAUGAGCAACACUUGUACUUUUCCUAUGGGGAAAAAAAAAACAGUUAGCUCUUAACUGCCCCUCAAUAAUGAGAUAUUUGUCUUUUUUCCCCCUGCAGCUCUUGUGCCUUGUGGGUGAAGCUUUUGAUGACUACAGCGACGAUGUGUGCGGAGCCGUCAUUAACGUCCGAGCCAAAGGAGAUAAAAUAGCAAUAUGGACCACAGACUACGAGAACAAAGACGCUAUAACACACAUAGGGUAACCUGCUGGUGCUUCAAAUUUAGUGAUGGUCUGAGAAUCUUGAACAGAAAUGUUAAGAAUACUUUAAUAAUUGGAUUUAAACACUACCUCACAAGUGAAGUGGAAGAUACCCGCUGAGCUUUACAGCUAGUUUCAAAGCCUUAAUGUCAUGUUUUAGCUUUUCAGACCAGUGUAAUGAAACUCUCAGAGAUACAGGUUCAGUGUGCAGUCUCUGUAAACUAGUUUUCUACAGCACUAACGUUUAUGUGUUAUACCUGUACAUCAGAGCCUGUAGAGGUUCUAAUGGUGAUUUAUUUCCACGGAUGAGUAUUGUGUAUUAGCUGAUUUGCUGUAUUUGUCUCCGCUCUCUUGCAGGCGUGUAUACAAGGAGAGAUUAGGCGUUCCACCAAAAGUCAUCAUUGGCUACCAGUCACACGCAGACACGGCCACAAAGAGCGGCUCCACCACCAAGAACAAGUUUGUUGCCUGAGGACCAACAACCAUCAUUUCUAUUCCGUUGCCAGAGUAGAUUUUUCUGCCAUCAUUCCUCCUUGAAUGUAACUGACAUGUUUGUCUUCAAAGAAACACUUUGAGCAGAGAUAAAAUUGCUUCCUCUUUUUGUUUGUCUUUUUGUUUUCAUGUUACCAAAGGUUUUGUUUACCACGAGUUUGUGUGCGGUUAAAACGAAGCACUAUUGUUUGGGAAUUUCUUUUUGUUGUGUUUGUGGGCUAAAAGGGAGAUAAAGAUGUUUUGAAGCCCAGAUUUAAUUUACAAAUGCACUUGAAUAUUUGUGAAAAGUUUGCUACGUCCAGCUCUCUUUGUGUGGAGCAAUUAAUGUAGAAAUAGGAAACAUCAAAGAAGAAGCGUGGACAUAUUACCUUAACAGCAUGUGUAGCAUUCGGUUAACCAUUCAUUGAAGGAUUUAUUGCUUUUAAGGACAUAAUAGGUUGUACAAAAAAGGUGAAAACUGAGUUGGGAUAAAAUUGAAUCUUAUUUUCUGUAUGUUCCUGCAAACUUGGAUUUACUUGAAUUAUAGUUAUGAGUCAUGUAUUACCAAAGUUUCCAGUGCUGAGUCUUGGUUGUGUUUCCUGUCAUGUAGCUUGUAUUAUAUGUUAAAUGGAAGUGAAUUUGUUUACCAUUUUGAAGAGCAGAAUAUAUUUAAUGCUCCCUCUGGUGCCUCUUUGUUAUUUUGACUUUGUGCCACUUGAGUAAACAACAUUUUUUUCUUGGAAGCUGAAAUAAUCUGAUUAACUGAUUUGGCACUUGAGGAAAAUGUGUAAGACAAGCCAUUCGUACUAGAAAACCCUCUUUCUGGAUGUUUAAAUUCUGUGGACAUUUGUGUUUGAAGGAUGGAAAGAUGUCAGUGUUAUCAAUAUCUUGUACUACAUAUCUACUGAAAGGAUAUCUGACUCAUAGUGGGUAUGUUCUUUGUUCUAGGAAGUGCCGUGUUGAGUUACAGUGUUCAAUCACACAGAGCGUGAUUGCAUUUAAGUUUUGUUGAUCUUGUUCUUUAUACACUAUUUCCUCUCCAUUUAGUGAGUAAAACUACUUCAGUUUGGAGGGAUUGAAUUGUGCCUUGAAUGUUACAUUCUGACUUGCUUUUCUGUUGACAGACCUUGUGUAAAUAAAAAUGUACAGUGAAGAGUAUUUUCAAAAA